CUCACAAAGGAAAAUAGCCGCCAUCUUGUUUUUUUGGCGUCGUUUUGUAAAUCAAAUUUAAAUUUCACYUAAAUGUUUAUUUUUCUCUUGAUGUCUUGACGAAAUGCCCAGAGAAAGGAAGCUGCCAGCAAAACUACGUGAUUCAGCUACAAUGGAAGACCUAGAUGCCGCUGAAGAUGAAGGACUGGGCUCUGCUCCCGAUAGUCCUUUGAAACUCCAGAGAAAGGAGUCCACUUCAAGCUCAUCCGAUAUGGCAAGUCCAGGAGAAAAAUACAGCUACCAUGUGAACAACACUACUAGUGCAAUACAUAUGCCGCAAAUGGGUAAUAUAUCACAUGUACCGCCAAGUUUAAAUCAAAAUCGCUACCAAGGGCAAAUGUUUCAAGGCCCAAACAAUGGAUCCUCAAUGCCGUCACUAGCAGAACCAGUUUACCCUUGUGGAAUCUGUCAAAAAGAAGUUGAUGACAAUGACGAAGCUAUCCUGUGCGAAACAGGGUGUGGCAAAUGGUAUCACAGAGUAUGCACAGGUCUUACAGUAGCGGCRUAUCACAUGCUUACAAACUCAACCAGUGCUGAAUGGGUCUGCAAUAGCUGUAUAGAAACUAAGAACAUUCCUCUUGUCAAGCUAACGAGUUAGGGAUUUAUAAACACCUGUAUAUAUCAUAUUAUUAAUACCUUUCAUAUUUUAGUCGGAAAAACUGAAGGAGUGGUUAGAGGUCUCUGUAAUCGCAGACUAUUCAGACAAAUAUAUCUGUGCACCAGCACAAUAGCACAAAACAUACCUCAACUCUCACUGUUAAUGUUCUUUUUAUCCUGAAUAUUGUACAGUAUGAAAGAGCCUGUUCUUUUUAACAUCAGGCAAAAUGCAGCUCUUGUAUCUGGAGUACAACAGUUAGUGGCCAUUUUUAUUAAUAGGUCAAAAUAACAAAGUUUUGUUUGGUGUCCAAUGUGAAAUUUCUGCCAAGAGUGUUUUAAUCUAUAGGUUCACAUCUACCUUUUUUGCUCCAUUUGACCCAGUGAUAUCUUGAACAGUAGCUAAACCAUUCGACCAAAGACAGCAUUUAAGCUUGCAGUGAUAGAUACAUGUGCCUGUGAAUAGAUUAUUCUCUUGGAAGUGAAUAUUUCUCUAUCACUGCAGGCUACUGUCACACUUUGAUGCAGUUACUUGUCAAGAUGACACUGAGAAGUGUGUAAAAGGGAACAUAAUUUUGUCUCUUCCUAUUACAAAGAUUUUAUAUGGAUCACAUAAUGGUUGUACAAAAGAUGUGAAACUUUGUAAUUUUGGCAUCAAAGGUGCUUUUUUCCACUUACCAGAGUUAACUUUUACCAUAUGAAUGUUCUUAAUGUAGGAGAGAUGAAAUGAGUGCAAGCUUGAGAUGUAAAAUAUUAGUUGAGCAAGAGCAAGAUUUGGUUACAAAACAGCCAACAUAGAAAAUUUCAGUUAAUUGGCCAUAUUGGUGWACUGUCAGUAUACCUCAGUAGUUACGUUCAAAUAUCCAUACUUAAUACUAUUAACUCAUGUAUCAAAAUAAUAAGUAAUGAAAACAUAUUUCAAUAAUAAUGUAAUUUAAUGGAACUUUUUUACUUGUAAAAUUCAAUUUGUGGAUUAAACUUAUAGAAGAAAACAUACUCUGUUGUUUGACAAACAAGAAAUGAUUCUUCAUUGAAUUA